UUUUUUUUCUUUCUUUCCCUUUUUUUUUCUUUCUCUCCUAGGGACUACACAAUGGCAGUCCUCUCUCAGUAAGAUGAAUCCUGCUUUGCCUUCUGCAGAUCCACCCAUCCUCAUAGCGAUCAAGUAAAAGGCUAUGGUUUUCUCUUUGGGGAUCUUUUGUGCAUUACUGUUCUCCCUGAUUAGUUUUGAUCUCACUUGGGAUUUCUUUGCUUUUUUGUUUGGCUUCGUAUUGAAAAAGGAUUUUUUUCCCAAGCCUUCGGUAAUAAGCCGGUGGUGAUCGAGGGGGGAAUAAAUCAUUCACCCUGGCCGAAAAAAAACAAUCACUGAGAAGUCUCAAAGAAAUAUACCACGUGAGGGGAGAACACUGGGAGAAGAUCCGGAAUAUUAUCGUUUUUCCUAUGGUAAAACCGGUGCCCCUCUUCAGGAGAACUGAUUUCAAAUUAUUAUUAUGCAACCACAAGGAUCUCUUCUUUCUCAGGGUGUCUAAGCUGCUGGAUUGCUUUUCGCCCAAAUCAAUGUGGUUUCUUUGGAACAUUUUCAGCAAAGGAACGCAUAUGCUGCAGUGUCUUUGUGGCAAGAGUCUUAAGAAAAACAAGAACCCAACUGAUCCCCAGCUCAAGGGUAUAGUGACCAGGUUAUACUGCAGGCAAGGCUACUACUUGCAAAUGCACCCUGAUGGAGCUCUCGAUGGAACGAAGGAUGACAGCACUAAUUCUACACUGUUCAACCUCAUACCCGUGGGACUGCGCGUCGUUGCCAUCCAGGGCGUGAAGACGGGGUUGUAUAUAGCCAUGAAUGGAGAAGGUUACCUCUACCCAUCAGAACUUUUUACCCCUGAAUGCAAGUUUAAAGAAUCUGUUUUUGAAAACUAUUAUGUAAUCUACUCAUCCAUGCUGUACAGACAACAGGAAUCUGGUAGAGCCUGGUUUUUGGGAUUAAAUAAGGAAGGACAAGUUAUGAAAGGGAACAGAGUAAAGAAAACCAAACCAGCAGCUCAUUUUCUACCCAAGCCAUUGGAAGUUGCCAUGUACCGAGAACCGUCUUUGCAUGAUGUUGGCGAAACGGUCCCGAAGGCUGGGGUGACGCCGAGCAAAAGCACAAGUGCGUCUGCAAUAAUGAAUGGAGGCAAACCUCUCAACAAGAGCAAGACAACAUAGCCAGACCCGCGCGGGUGUUGUGACUUACUCGUCCCGAGCACAGUUGAGUGAUUUAUCCUCUCCAGACAUUCCUGCUCCCAUGGCUGAAGAGCAGCUGGAAGUGAGCUGACGCUGGCUCCUUGCUGUCUCGAAACUUCUUUGUUGCAAGCGGAUAAAUCUCAACCUGUUGCACCCCCCACAACAAGAAGACACUGGACAACCAGCUAAACUCAGACCAUGGAAUGCCCUCCCAGAUAUGGAAUGCCUUUUUAAUAUCUUUUCUGUGACUGUGACUUCAUGUGAAUGACAUACUUCACAAGUACACUCGAUACCUUGCCUGCUGACAGCUCCCCAUAAUCCUUUUUGAGUCCUGUUUCAGCGAAAUCCAUGUGUUUCAGUUCAAUUUUGUAGCACACAAAUAAUACUGAGUAAUUUCUAGUUAGACGCUGUAAACCUGUGCUAUUAUGGAUUUCUCUUCUUCCCGUUUUUACAGGGCUGCUCGCUCCACUGUCUGUGACCUUUUGCAGGGAUUGUGUUCCUCUAAAUCUUAAAUGUUGCAGUUGGCUUAGUUCGGAGAGCAAUCAGGGAAUCAGGAAGCCUUCUAGACCUAUUAUUACAAAUUGCAUCUAUAAAGAUUAAGAUUGUUGUCUCUGGCUCGCACUAUCGAUUAAACACACAUAUACGCUCUAUCCAGUAGCAGCUACCAUGCUCCCGAGGUCGGCAUUGCCUGUGUGGGAAGUGGGUCAAACACAAUCUAUGGGAAGUUCUCUAUGAUACGUGUUUGACAUCCCCCUAUAGUUUGUGUGUGUGUGUGUGUGUGUGUGUGUGUGUGUUUUAUACAUAUCACAAGCUUACUGGUAAUGGUAACAUUUGCCUUGCCCAGCGAGCAAGACCCACUGGUUUUUGAGAAAGUGGGUCCAAAGAAUUCUGUAGGCCUUGUAGGCCUGAUUAAGGUUCAUUUUUCAUCUAUUAACCCUCAUUAUUUGGAAAAAAGGAAAAAAACAAGAAGAAAAAUCAAUAAUUCUGACCUACAAGAAUUGCGCUACCUAAAUCCAUUUCAGAUGUAGUCCUUCCUGUUUUUAAUGACUCGAACUUAACGUCAUCCCUUUUUUGGCUGCGUUCCACUCAUACUCAGCAGGGCAUGGGCAGGGCGGCUGUUGUGUUCCUUUCUGCAGCAGCAAUGCAAAUGUUAGUUAUAAAUUAGACUUUAAUAUUUUUGGUGUUUAAUGACAAGUUUUUAAACUGGACAUAUUAGAAAAAAAUAUUUUUUUUUUUAGCUCAGCAUGCUGAGUCCAGUACUGUGUAUUUCACCAGUACAUACCUCUAACUCAGUUCUCUGGGGCCCGUAUUGCCCAGUGGCUGUGUUAGAGGUGCCUUGCCAUGAUCUCAGAAUACAGUCUGUUGAAUCACCCUAGGUAAAAAUAAAAGGCAAACCAACACAUUUGAACAUCACGAUGUUGGUUCAUUCCAAUUUGCUUUUGUUUUAUUUUGCUUUCUUAACUUCCUUUUAAAUUUAAUACUGCUGAACUGAGCUUAGGGAAGUCAACUGCUAAGAAAUGUCAGGAAUAGUUGACUACGCAGUGGAGAUUCCAUGCAAAAUGUUCAAUAUUGGAUAUAAAGAGCUUCAAAAUGUUUAAUAUUAAACUGUUUGGAAAUAUAUUUGUUAAUUCUGUGUACACUUAAUAAAAUUCAAUGUUUUCUUCUCAGAAGAGUUCAUGGAGACCAAACUGAACCUCAUUUAUAGAAAACUAUUUGUGGGAUCAAUGUACUGGCCUCUUGUUACUAUCUCCAUGUGGAAGGAUGACCCCGUUGCCAUUUUUCCCCAUCUGCACUGUAGUUACUGGGAAAUUAUUUUGUCACUGCUUUUAUAAAUCUCCAUGAUAGCCCUUGCCCGGCAUUUAAAAAUUUUGGUGUGCUUAGCAGAUUAAAGGUUUAGUAUAAAUUUAA